AAGGCGACAGUUCGGUGUGAUGAUGGAAACAGACAGGGACCAAUCAGACGACUGGCUCCUUUGUGAGGAGCAUCUCGUCUCUUCACCCGGCUACCCUACCAGUGAUAGUUACAUAGAAUACGAUGACCUCCCCGAGCUGCAGGAGGUGCAGGAGGAGGAGCGGGCAGUGCCUCCUCUCUACCAGGUGGAGGUGGGAGUGUCCCACCAGGAGCGCCACGCAGGAGCGCACACACACACGGCCCCUCCAGACACACAGUGGCUCACACAGCUGGCUCAUAUAGCGACCGGACCCCAAAGCCCGCUGCUACAGGGGUCUGCUCACAGCAGCUCUUCAGCUGUUCACAUCACUGGAACCAGCUAUAAUCUCCAUACCUAUGCCCGGCCCCCUCCAGCCCUCUCCAGGAGCCUACCGACGCCCUCUAGAGGCAAUGGCAGGGAGCACAGAUGCAGCAGGGGGGGCAGUGGCUAUCGGUCAGCAGUCUCCGUCAGAUCUUCUCUGUCUGAUGAAGACGACAUGGGCUGGAGACACUCCUGGCCCCCCACUGCCUGGCACUGCUUCCUCAAAGGCACUCGUCUGUAUUUCCACCGGGGUCCUCAGAUGGACUGGCAGGACGCGGAGGAUCUGGUCUCGGGUGAGGAAGACUUCAGUGAUGAAGAAGAGGCCGACUCACUGAAGGGUUACGGUCUGGAGGGUCUACGUCUGCUGGAGCAGGAGGAGGUCGUGCUGUCCGGCCAGUCAGUCCUACAGCUGAUCUUUGACCCUGGCGCAUUUGGAGAUGCCCACCUGACUGCUCAUUGCCAACUGGACCACCCCUUCUAUGUAAAAAACAAAGGGUGGUCAUCGUUCCACCCCAGCCUGACGGUGGUGCAUUAUGGGAUACCCUGUUAUGAGGCCGAGGUCGGGGACGUAUUUCUUCCUCCAGGUCACCGGGAUGCCGUACACACCGAUGACUCGCUGGUCUUUGAUACAUUCAAAAGUUUUGACUUCACUCCCCUGGACUCCUCGGCAGUGUAUGUGUUGAGCAGCAUGGCCAGGCGGCGGCGCACCUCCCAGUCCAGUAGUGGCGCUGUUUCCCCGGACAGAGAUGCACAUCAAGAUGCAGCCAGCCCUGGCUCCUCCCACUCGCCUCAUUACAAGCAAACCAAAAGCCAGCAACCUUGCACACCAGGAAGUGGGAAUGCCACGCAUACUAAGUGCAAGCGGCCAAUGAACGCCUUCAUGCUGUUUGCCAAGAAGUUUCGGGUGGAGUACACUCAGAUGUACCCUGGCAAAGACAACAGAGCCAUCAGUGUGCUCCUUGGGGAGCGCUGGAAGAGGAUGGGUGGAGAAGAGAGGAAGAUCUUCACCAUAGAAGCCAAAAUUCUGGCAGAGCAGCAGAAAAAACUCAACCCAGACUGCUGGAAACGCAAGAGAACCAGCUCAGGCUGUCAAGGAAACUAGGACCAUCAGGAACACACAAAGACUAGACAACUAACAGACUGCAUAAGUACACACACACACACACACACACACACCCCUGAAAAACCUUGGCUGAACUUCAACUUGUUGUGGUAAACUACUAGUGACCCUUGACAGCGUUCAACAGCAGCUUAGAGCAAACUUCAGCAUCAAUUGCCAAUCCACCUGGAAGUUCUGAUUUUAAAAGGAAACUCUUACCCAUAACCCCCUGCUUUCCCCGAAUUGCACCAGGCAUUAUUUUGUCUGGAUUGCCUGCCAGUGUAGGGCAUAUCUUUCAGCGAAAACGCUUAGAUCUUAGCAAAAAGUA